UGCUAACGUCCCUCCUCCCUCGUCCUCGAUCCUUCAUUCCCCCAUCUCGAUUCCAUUUUCAUUUCGCUAUAAGACUAGUUAACUUCCAUUGUAAUCUCGAAUCGAGUUUGAUAUACCACCGCCAUUAUGUCUGGAAGUGCAUAUGACAGACACAUUACCAUCUUCUCGGACUCGGGUCGUCUGUACCAAGUUGAAUAUGCCUUCAAGGCUAUCACCUCGGCCAACAUCACCUCGAUAGGUGUGAAGGGCAAGAACUGCGCUGUGGUUCUGUCCCAGAAGAAAGUUGCUGACAAAUUGAUCGACCCCUCCUCCGUUUCGUACAUUUUCAGACUUUCCCCGUCAGUGGGCUGUGUGAUGACCGGCUCCAUCGCCGAUGCGCGGGCCAGUGUUGACCGUGCUCGUGGUGAGGCGGCUGAAUUUCGAUACAAGUAUGGCUACGAGAUGCCCUGUGAUGUCCUCGCAAAGCGACUUGGCAAUAUCAAUCAGGUCUACACGCAAAGGGCUUACAUGCGUCCCCUCGGAGUUGCCACGACCCUGGUAUCCGUUGAUUCGGAGAAGGGUCCCCAGCUUUACAAGGUCGAUCCUGCCGGAUACUAUAUCGGAUAUAAGGCGACUGCAUCUGGACCGAAGCAGCAAGAGGCGAUCACUUACCUGGAGAAGAAGCUGAAGAACAAGGAAUACGCUGACGGCAGCUGGGAGGAAGUGGUGGAGCUGGGAAUCACGGCUUUGAGCAAUGUGCUGAGUGUUGAUUUCAAGAAACACGAAUUGGAGAUUGGAAUCGUGGGAGGGCCACGAGCAGAUGGCCAGGAAGGGACAGACAUUGGUUUCCGGAGUUUGACGGAGGAGGAGAUCGACGAACGACUACAGGCUAUCAGCGAGAAGGACUGAGCUGGAUUUCAUUGUUUUUUACUGGGAGCAUCCAUGUUGGUAGACGCAAACGAUCGAUGAA